CAUCAUACUUUUGCGAAUACAGUUCUUGCAAAACACACACACACACACAUACACACGGCGAUCAAGAUCAUGGCGGCUGCCAGAGAAAGACGACUACCGCAGCUUCACCUCACGCUCGACGCCCCCACGUGGGCCUUCCGGUGCCCGGCCCCUGCUCCGGUCACCGCGGCGACGCCGUCCACGUCGGCGGCUCGGCCGGACGGCGAGUUCCGCCAGAGCGACUUCGACAGGCUCUCCGUCCUUGGGCGCGGGAACGGCGGCACCGUCCACAAGGUCUCGCACCGCCGCACGUCGGCGCUGUACGCGCUCAAGAUCAUUCACCGCGGCCACCCCGGCGUCGACGAGGAGGUAGAAGUUGUACGGCGCGUCGACUCGCCGCACAUCGUUCGAUGUCACUCGGUCCUCCCGACGGCGUCCGGCGACUCCGCCUUACUCCUCGAGCUGAUGGACUGUGGUUCCCUCGACUCGCUCUUCCGCGCCGGCCAGGGAGGCUUCCCGGAGGAGGCGCUGGCGGAGGUGGCGGCGCAGGCGCUGUCCGGCCUGGCGUACCUCCGCGCCCGCCGCGUCGUCCACCGCGACAUCAAGCCUGCCAACCUUCUGGUCAACAGUGCCGGGCAGGUCAAGAUCGCCGACUUCGGCAUCGCCGAGGUCGUCUCCCGCGCCGGCAAAUACCGCGCGGCCUACGAGGGCACAGCCGCGUACAUGAGCCCCGAGCGCUUCGACACGGAGCGGUCGUUGCAGGGCGACGGCGACGAGGAGGGCCCCGUCGACCCCUACGCCGCCGACGUGUGGGGGCUGGGGGUGACCGUCCUGGAGCUCCUCAUGGGGCGGUACCCGCUGCUCCCCGCCGGGCAGAAGCCGAGCUGGGCGGCGCUCAUGUGCGCCGUCUGCUUCGGCGAGCUGCCGGCACUUCCCGACGGCGCGGCGUCGCCGGAGCUCCGUAGUUUCGUGGCCGCUUGCCUGCUGAAGGACCACCGGAAGCGAGCGUCCGUCGGGGACCUGCUCGUGCACCCGUUCGUCGCCGGGAGAGACGUAGCGGCGUCGAGACGGGCGCUACGCGAAGUGAUCGAGCAGCGGUGUGGAUAAGCACGCGCGUGUAAAUGUUGAAUUGUCACGUUCUCGAAUCGUAAAUACCUAAGCUAGGCAUUUGCACAUACAGAUAGUGGACCAUAC